UUCCCAAUCAAGCAAAGGCAGACGAGGAAUUGCGUACCACAUCAUGGAAGGUCAGGGCCAGUUCGAAGCAGACGGUAAAAUUAAUAGCAAAAUGGCGGAUAGUGAGCAUUUGGCAGCAGACACUUGAUAGACAACAGGGAGUUCACAGGAUGCCAACAACGACUUCAGUUUUCCUGGUUUUGUGCUUUGUAUCUGGUUUUACAUCAGGUUUCAGGGCUGGUACCGAGCAGCGCUUGUACGAAUACUUGUUUGACGACUACAACUUCGACUCCAGACCCGUGAACAAUGCCAGCAAUGUUGUCGUUAUAAACUUUGGCCUGGCGUUGAAUCAACUGUUGGAUUUGGAUGAAAAGAAUCAAGUUUUGACAACUGCUGUUUGGGUGUACGAGGAAUGGCAGGAUGAAAACCUGAUUUGGUCCCCGGAUGAAUACGACGAUCUGGACACACUCAUGGUGCCGGCUACUCAAGUCUGGAUUCCAGACAUCUUCCUCUUUAACAAGGCUGGCACCAAUGAUGACGGUUUCGUCAACGUCACGGGGAGCAAGAUCGUCAUCACCAACAACGGGACGGUCAAAUGGAUGAUCCCGAUCAUGAUGAAGAGUUCGUGCGCCGUCGACGUGACGUUCUUCCCGUACGACCAGCAGAAGUGCUACCUUCGGUUCGGCUCCUGGAUCUACGACAUCACCCAGCUGGACAUGGCGUUGAAACCGGAGGAGCCCGACUUGAGUCAUUACCUGCAGAACAGCGAGUACGACCUCAAGCUGACUCGCCUGUCCAAGACGAUCGCCAACAGCAGCUGUUGUCCCGGCAACGGCAAACACGCGAUGAUAGACUUCCACAUCCACGUGAAGAGGAAGUCUAUAUAUUAUGACUACAUCGUCAUUGCGCCCACCAUCAUGCUCUGCAUCUUGACCCUGGUGACGUUUCUGCUUCCGUGUCACAAGGGGGAGAAGAUCUCCAUCGGUUUGACCGUGUUUCUCACCCUCUAUGUCCUGCAGCUGCUGAUAGCGGAGAACGUCCCAGAUACAAACGCUACUCCUAUUCUAGGAGUUUUUCUUUUCAUGGUUAUGACCUUUAACAGUGUGUCCUUGAUCAUGUCCACGUUUGUGAUGAACAUCAAGAAGAGAGGCGACGAGAAACAGUGCCCGGAUGUUCCGCACUGGAUGCUCUGGCUUUGCCACGUGGUCAUUGGCAGGAUCGUCAUGACGAAAUACGCGUGGGAAGAAUCCACCAGUUACUACGUGGAAGACUUGCCGGUUGACCAGGUACCCCGUUCAUCUAAACACCAGGGGGCGCAGAGCAACCCUACUCGCACCACUCCCGCUUCAAACGGUAACGACAAAGACAGAGACACCGAUGAUGCUUCGUGCACAACAGAGUUACUCCCCUUCCGUGGAAAUGAAGCCUGCUCCAGCCAGAAUCCGUAUCAUGACCGUUUAGACUUUCCUGGAGAAAAGAACAAAGCGACCAACAGCAGCGCUGCUCCACGAAGUCAGAACCAGGUAGUACAGAGGUCUCUGUCGAGAACCAGGAAUGCUGUUGACAGAAACCCCGAAUCCAGAUACAGCGUUUCGAGCAUGUGUUUCCACUCACUACAGAUGAAGCGACAGUGGUUCUACAUUGCUGAAGUGGUCGACAAGUUCUCCUUCCUGAUCUAUCUCAUUUCCAUGACGAUAUCGGUGACGAUGAUCCUCAUAGUGAUACCUAUCUAUGGUCAGGAGAAAAUGGACUAACUUGGCGAACAGUUAAGACAAUAUAAUACUAGUCUUAGAUAUACUUUAGAUCCAGGUAGGGUCUCCAGGAGUCCAAAAUAUUGGACUCGGGUACUCGAAUGUCAAACUCGACCCGGACCCGAGUACCCGACACUUACACUAGAUGAUGAUGAGACUAAGGAAUAAAGUAAAAUAGCAUUAUGCAUCUUAAUUCUAACGCUGAACAUGGAUGCCAAAGGAUGCCAUUGUAUUGCAUUUAGAAGUGUUGUGACGGACGGACGGCCAGUUUAAAAAGAGAAACUAGCGUAUGAUUAUAGAAUUAUUAUAUCGAUGAUUGUCUACUGCUGAAAUUAGGGUCCUACAUUGUCGAUUGUAUUAUAGUUGCUCAUUAUAUUUCAUCUUGUACUUGUAUUGAGUCCUGUGAACACUCUAGUCUUGCUAAACUCGACCCGUGUCCGAGUACUCGAGUACUCGUGGAGUCCCUGGAUCCAGGGACAGACUGGUAUACGUACUGUUCUUGGCAUUGGUGUAGCCAGGAUUUUACACUGGGGAGCCAUCCACAUGGGAGGGGCCAACCACACUGUCUAUGAAUCGUGCUAUAGAGCGACAGGUAGAAAUAAAAAGGUGGUAGGAUAAGAGAGAUGUGAUUGUGUGACCAUGGCUCUCGUCCCAACUCCCGGCUAUGCCAGUGGUACUGGGCUUGUGGUUGAAUCUAGAUCAGUAUGGCCGCGGUCUUCAUUAAUUGAUUGUUCAAUCUGCCCCGAUUAGUAAAAAAGGGAGGAUGUAUUGUCUUGGGAAGUGGCAAUUAAUACUACAGGCGAUGCAUCUUGGCAGCGAUUCAUGGAAGCAAUCGCAGCAUUGCCAAAAUGUCCCUUUGACUGCCUUGUGCAGAGAUGACAUUUGAAGGUGUUAAAUGUUUUGUCGUUGAAAUUAGAAACAUCCACUCUUGACAACAGAACUGUUCAAGAGGUCGUUAAAACGAAUAUUUUGGUUCGCAUGUACAGACAGGUAAUGGUUUGUAACUGUCUGUUGAUUCCGCAACAAUACCAACAUGAACCACAAAGGAAGAUUCAGUUAUGUACAUUUGUCUGAAUUUCUGCAAUUAGUCGAUGUAAAACAUUUAAUUAGGCCUAGUAUUCCUGGACUAACAGUGCCUAACUGGACUAAAUAUGUGGAUCAUGGCAUAAGCUUUAUAGCGUAGAAGAGGUAAAAAGGUGUAAUAAAUUAUAUCUUGGGAAAAUAGGUAUUACAUGCGCAAUUUCAAAUUAUAUUAUGUCGCAGGAUUACAAACGAUACGUUUGCAGUAUAUUUAUCUAUGACAAAAAUAAUGUAUUCAUUCUUAAAAGAGACUCAUUCUUAAAACUGAAGCCAUUCGUAAGUACUCUAUAGAAAUGAGUCAUCUGGAUUUUCAGGCAUUUACUUUGAAUUGAAAGAAUUCUGAAGUACCUUCUUGAUUUUAGGACAUUUGUUUUUAUUUAUUUUUGUUAUUGACACUACAUAACAUGUUUAUGACGUAUUCUUUUAUAUUUUAAAAUGCCAAAGCCUUAUGUUAUAUUAUUUUAUGUCUUGAAAUCCCAAAGCCUUAAUAAAACAGAUUUACUUUGCCUGUAAGUAUCAGUCAUUUCAUUAUCAUGUACAGUGUAUUAGAAAAAUAAAUUCUACAAAUAAAA